AUGAUGCAACCCGGCGGACCUGGUAUUGCUCCACCCACCGUCCCCCAACAACAACACCACCAACAAUACCAACAACACCACCAACAACAACCCUACUUGAUGAUGCCUCCGCAGCCGCAGCCUCAAACCCAACCUCCUCAUAUGUGGGCCCCUUCUCCUCAGGCUCCUCCUCAAUCUGCGCCUCAACAGCAACAGGCGCAACCUGCCAGCGCUGACGAAGUUCGGACUCUUUGGAUCGGUGAUUUGCAAUACUGGAUGGACGAGAAUUAUCUCUACCAAUGUUUCUCCCACACCGGCGAGGUUGGAUCUGUUAAAGUUAUUCGCAAUAAGCAGACUAAUCAAUCUGAAGGUUAUGGAUUUCUUGAGUUUACUAGUCGUUCUGGUGCUGAGAGAGUACUUCAAUCAUUUAACGGUACCAUUAUGCCAAAUGGUGGACAGAACUUCAGAUUGAACUGGGCAACUUUUAGUUCUGGUGAGAAGCGUCAUGAUGAUUCUCCUGAUUAUACCAUAUUUGUUGGAGACUUGGCUGCUGAUGUUACUGAUUAUCAUCUGACGGAAGUAUUUAGAACUCGGUAUAACUCAGUUAAGGGCGCCAAAGUUGUAAUUGAUAGGCUCACUGGCAGGACAAAAGGUUAUGGUUUUGUUAGGUUUGCAGAUGAGAGUGAACAAAUGAGGGCUAUGACUGAAAUGCAAGGGGUUCUUUGUUCCACAAGACCCAUGCGUAUUGGACCAGCUUCUAACAAAAACCUUAAUACACAGACGUCAAAAGCUUCAUAUCAGAAUCCUCAAGGGGGGGCACAGAACGAGAAUGACCCAAAUAAUACAACUAUUUUUGUUGGCAAUUUGGAUCCUAAUGUCACAGACGAUCAUUUGAAACAAGUCUUUGGGCAAUAUGGAGAACUUGUUCAUGUGAAGAUUCCGUCAGGCAAGAGAUGUGGGUUUGUCCAAUUUGCAGACAGGAGCUCAGCAGAGGAAGCACUGCGGGUUUUAAAUGGUACACUUCUAGGAGGACAAAAUGUUAGACUUUCAUGGGGACGCAGCCCAGCAAACAAACAGACUCAACAGGAUCCAAACCAAUGGAAUGGUAGCAGUGGAUACUAUGGAUAUCCCCAGGGUUAUGAAAAUUAUGCUUAUGCCCCUGCUGCUGGACAAGACCCCAAUAUGUAUGGCAGUUAUCCUGCAGGGUAUGCUAACUACCAACCUCCUCAGCAGCAACAGCAAUUAGGAUAUAGCUAA